AUGCAUUUCUCCAACUCCGUGCUGUUGAUGACAGCGCUGACCGCUGGGUCGGCUGUCGCUCGUCUUCACGGCCACGACCGUCGUCACGCCCACCACAGAGAGCUCGAUGCCCAGCUCCAGCCCGCUGUGACCGCUGCCCCCGUUGCCAACGUUGAGAAGCGUGGUGGAGAGGUUGUUGCUGCCACCAUCGACGGCCAGCUCGUCUCCUGGAUCAACAACUGGUUCGGCGAACAGGGUUCCACCUCUUCUGAGGCUCCUUCCUCCACCGAGGCCCCCGUGGUCCCCGAGCCUACCGUUGCUCCCACUUCCACCACUGCCGCUCCCGUCGUCAAGUCCACCUCCGAGGCUGAGGUUAUCUCAGUCGUCAAGCCCACCGCUGCGCCUACCUCCGGCUCCAGCUCUUCCGUUUCCAGCAACUGGGCCAACUACCCUACCAAUGGCCAGUACUCCAGAGAUGGAUUCGGUGCCUCCACCGGCAGCAAGCGCAUCGGCUCCCUCGACUGGGACUACGUCGGCAACGUCGGCAGCCCCUGGGGUAGCAACCUGAUCCGUGUCGAAGAGGACGCCGCCAGCGAGUACAAGCACGUUAUCCGAUUCGAGAACGACAACGCCAAGGCCUGGACUGUUGUCAUGUGGAACUCGUACGGUCCCACCGGCGGUCUGAACGGUUUCUGGAGCCCCAACAAGGCCCUGAGCUUCACCGUCGAGCCCGGUCACAGCAUCUUCGUCGCCAUCGAUGACAACUCUCAGGGUGGUUGGGGUGCCGCCGAGGGCGAAGGUCUCCCUACCAACUUCGUCGGUGAGUACGCCUCCACCUGGGGUGAGUUCGAUAUGAGCAACGCCCAGAACGACGGCUUCUCCGGCUGGGAUGUUUCUUGCAUCAUCGCUGAGCUCGCCAACCUGGAAAUUGCUGGUAUGCAGAUCUGCAACCACGAGGGUGAGAAGUGCUCCUCCAUCUCCAAGGGUGCCGCCAGCGUCGUCGCCGGCUACACCGCUGCCGACCAGGGCAAGCCCGACCUGGCCAUCGCCCAGUCCGCUGGCCCCGUCCGUCUCGUUGUCAACCUGGGCUGGUCCUCUUAG